AUUUGAAAAAAAAAAAGGGAAUAUUACCCAUUUGCGGCUCUCUAAGGAAACAGAGGAGCAGGCCCUGCAAAUUCUUAGCUAUUCUUGUGUUUAAAACCUUUCUUUUUCCGUUUGAUUUUCGAAGCUUCUUCUUCUUUCUUUCUUUCCAUCUUCGAGCUUUCGUCUUUAGCUUUUUCGAGGAGAGAGUUAGGGUUAGCCGGUUAGGGUUUUUGUUUCAGAGAAUUUGAUUUAUCGCGAUGGAAGAGGUAGGGUUUUGAAUUGGAAGAGAGGAGGAGGAGGAGGAGGGGAAUCAGAAGAUGGCGGCGGUGAAUCCACAGCCUCUGCAAUCGCGUCGUCCGUACGAGGACCACGUGGCGGCGGGUUCGUUCCAGAUGGAGGACGAUGAGGGCGGCGAGUACGAAGACGGUGGUGGCGACGAGGCUAAUAUGGAGGAGGAGGAGGAGGAAGAGGAGGUUCAUGCGAGCUCGGCGGCGGCGGCGGCGGCGGCGCGUGGGGGAGUGAGUGUGCUUACGGCGGCGACGAGGACUAGUGAGCUCACUCUCUCUUUUGAAGGCGAGGUUUAUGUGUUUCCUGCCGUUACGCCCCAGAAGGUACAAGCAGUGCUAUUGCUGUUGGGAGGACGUGAUGCACCAACCGGUGUUCCUACGGUUGAAAUGUCUUACGAUCAGAAUACAAGGGGUGUGGGUGACACCCCAAAGCGUUCGAAUCUUUCCCGAAGAAUAGCUUCCCUUGUUAGAUUUCGUGAGAAACGGAAGGAGAGGUGUUUUGACAAGAAAAUUAGGUACACUGUGCGUAAAGAGGUUGCACAGAGAAUGCAUCGUAAGAAUGGACAGUUCGCAUCGUUAAAAGAAAAUUCUAGUGGUUCUGGUUGGGACUCGGCACAAAGUUCCCUUCAAGAUGGCACUCCUCGACCUGAAACUGUCUUACGAAGAUGUCAACACUGUGGAGUUGGUGAAAAUAAUACUCCUGCCAUGCGCCGUGGGCCUGCUGGUCCAAGAACUUUAUGUAAUGCUUGUGGACUUAUGUGGGCGAAUAAGGGAACAUUGAGAGAUCUCAGCAAGGGAGGAAGGAACCUUUCCAUGGACCACAUCGAACCUGGAACACCACUUGAAAUCAAGCCUUCAAUAGUUGAAUGUGAAUUCUCUGGCAACCAGGAUGGGCAUGGAGCUCGUGAAGAUCCUUCUAAAUCAGUCAUCGAAGGUUCCAAUGAUGCUUCUGUCAACCUGGAUGUGGAAAAUUUUCAAGAAUCUGCUGAGGAUCUUACAAACACUUUGCCUAUGGGAAUUGUUUCCUCAACCAAUGAUGAUGAGCAGGAGCCUCUGCUUGAGCUCACUAAUACUUCAGAUACAGAUUUAGACAUCCCUACUAAUUUUGAUUAGAAGGUGAUGAGUUGUUAGCUGACUGAUGUCACAGGAGGUCUAGUUGGCACCUGGACCAUGUCCUCUCAUGCUCUUGUGCAAGAUUCAGGCCGAAGUUAUUGAACAUAUGAAGUAGCGGUAUUUAGCGACUUCUGAGUUAAUAUAUGCUAAGAACCAUGACCGUCUGAUUGCAAUGAUCUUGUGAGUGGAGGCGGCAAAUUGCUUCUUUCGGAUGACAUUUAUUUGAUGUGGAUAUAAGUUGUUUACCUUCUGUACAAUAGUUGUUAGGAGAUAUAGCUGGGUGUUAAGUAGGCUGUUAAAAAUGUGUAAUUUGUUUAGGCCUCUUCUGAUUGCAUAAUAUUGAAAUGCUGCCUUUCAAUUGUAGUAACAGUUGGUGUUGGGAUGAUAAGAUAGUUUAUGCUCGACUGAAAAUUUAUUUUA